AUGGAGUUCAGAGAGUGGAACCUUCCUUCAUUUCUGAACAACCCCAUUCAGCCAAGUCUGAGCUUUGGCUCAGAAACCUUGAAUACUGACCCCAGCGUCACUGUCCUGUGUGGUUUGGGGUUCAUCCUUCUGUCCCUGUACUACCUGGUGGGGAUGCUAUCUGCACCAACCAGAGGGAAAGUGCAACACAGCAACAAGCAUCAAGGCAGAACCCGGCAGAGACGGCGACGUGGCAAACUGAAGGGUUGCAGUUAUUACCUAACAGAAGAAGAAGAGAAACAGCAGCUGAUUGCUCUUCUAAAAAGCCCCCUGGGCCAGAAUCGCAAUACUACCUGCUUACGUCAGGUGUUAUGUCCAGACCCCUUCUGCCAAGUGUGUAAUAGCACAACUGUUGAGAUCCAACGGCUGCUGUGCCCGGAAGUCCUGGAAGAUGCUACUCCCUCUGUGUCCCCUUUGGCUUCCACAGCUCCUGUGACUGAGUCAUCAUGCACUGUGUCCCCUGCUGACUCAGCAGCCCCCCCAAGAGACCUAACAGCAGCCUCUCUGUCUGAGCCUUCCCCACCACCUCCCUGCAUUCUCUCAUGGAACCCAGUAACCCACUUAGUGGAAUUUUCCUCACCUUCACCUGUGUGUCACACUCUGCCACCAGAACCGUUUCCUUCCUCGGAUUCCGAAUUCCCUGUGGAUUGUUCCCAAACCCAAUCCCUUGCCUUCGCCCAUCUCCCGCCAUAUGACACUCAGACAGUGGACCCUGUUUUCCACCCAGAGGCUACUUGGUCUGUGAAUACCAUCUUCUCACUUUCCCAAGACAUCGACCCCUUACCAGAUUCGUUCCAGACAAUGAAUCCCGCUGAUUCAUUUCCCUGUCCUCACCUACCACCAAGCGUAUCUGUUGCACCACCACCCGACUGCAAUUUGACCAUGACUCCAUCUAAACCGAUUUCCAUCUCAUCGGUGCCUACUCCAGAGAGCUCAUCUCCAGGUAGGCCUGGUGGGUUGUUCACUUAUGACCCAAGAACCAGAGGCAUUCACCAUUCGAGCUUGUCAACUUCAGACUGUUCUUGGGGGCAAGCUCAUGCCAAAGACUUGUCACAAUGGGAGUUCAGUCGAGAGUUUCUCGCCCUCCGCUCUUCAGAGAACUGUUUCAGGGGAGACCCUGCAGCUAUCCCUACAGAGUCUGGCAACCUCUCAUUUCUCAGCCGCGAUGCCCUGGCACUUCUGGAGAGGCAGGUCCACAAGAGGAGUGAUUUCCUGCUAUGGAAGGAAAAGGAAAAGAAAGGGGGUUCUUUUCCAAAACAACUUAGGCCAGAGUACCAACUAAAUUCCCCUGGGAAAAAGUUGCUGUCAGUUACUGACAAACAUGACUUCUCAGUCUCCCUUCCUUUCUGGAAGAUCAAAGGCAAACCCGAGGGGCUGCACGUGCACGAGCAGCCCCCAUAUCCUAAGACCUUGGGGAGCCAACUACAGCAAGAAGGUAUCCAGCUCUUUUGGGGGCCCCCAUCUCUACACAGUGAGUCCUUGUCAUCUGCUGCCCAUGGCUUGGGUGACUAUUCCACAGGCUCUAUUUUCAAUAUAAUCUUAAAUGCUUCUGCAGGCCAAGAAUCCCCAGUGCUUCCUCACCUCCGACCUCUGUCCUUGCCUGAGAUCCACCCUCAGCCCCAGCAUCAAACCCUGCCACAAGCUCAGCCCCUAGCUCACUCUCACGGCCGGUCCCAGGCCCGUCCUUCAUCCUCACCCCAAAUCCCACCAUCUGGUCCUCCAGCCCAGACUAGUAUCUGUGGGGUGUGUUUCCGUGGACCCCAGAAUGAUUUAGACUUUCUCAGAUCAUCUGAAAUUAAAGACCUGGAAUGGAAUGUGUUGCAGAAGCAGGUGAAAUUUUGCAGAAAUUUUGUUGCAGAAGCAGGUGAAUUUCAGGUGAAAUUUUGUCCUCUGGCUCCUGACUUUCCCAAAUGCAAGGCCUCCCAGACCCAUGCUUUGGUCUCUGUCCUACCUGGAGAAUUUCCUCUUAUUGAUGAGAUCCGGAAGAACCUAGAACAGCACCUUCAAGAGAAGCUAAUUCAACACCGGUGGGGCCUGCCCCCCAGGGUCCUAGAAUCUCUCUCACUGAUGAUGUCACCAAGUGAUUCUUCAAAGAUAUCUGGGUCAAAGAGAAAUCACGGAAUCUCCCAGAGAUAUGUGCUUGAUGAUAAGAGUAGCAAGAAUCUAAAUGUUGGAUUGAGCCAACCUGAAAGCUUCCAAAAGAGGGCCUUAGAAAUACUUCAGCCAGAGAAGGAUGUGAGGAAAGGGCAGGGACAGAGCCCAGAGAGCGGCCGAAAGGAUCUUCUAUCGAGUUACCCAGAGGGCUCUUCGUAUGAGGACCUGGGAUGUGACUCUGAGAAAGAACUAAACAGUCACAUGGUGAGUCUCUCAAGGGGGUCAGGGGAAAAUGAAGGCGGGAGAGAACUUGUGAACACCCCAAAAGUACCUUUGAGUGAGAAGUUUGAGGGUCAGCUCCCUGGGGCUGUGCAUAAUUCAUGGCAUGCUGUGAAGCAGAGUGUACUUCCUGAGAAAUCCCACACCCAAGUGAAAGAGAGUCCUUUGCCACCAUCAGUGGAUGAGGACUACAAACAGAAUAUCUUCCAGGACCUUUCCUUCAUUGAUUCCAGUGUAAAACAGGCACUGGAAGCUCAUAUUAAAAUGUUUCAUACUUGGAUGGUGUGGGGACUUCCCCCCAAGGUCCUUGAAUCCAUAGAGACUUUUAAAUUGGAAAAUGGCUCAUCCUACUCCUUGUCCUAUUCCGACUAUCCUUCCUCAGCCGACUUGGUGUCUGGGGCAAACUCCAAAUCUGAGGGGCUCCAAAGCAAGCCCCUUAGAGGAAGCUCUAAAUCUCCUGAUGGAGGCAGGGUGAGGACACUCAGCACGUCCAGGGAUAUAUUUCGGGUUUCAGAGGUGGAUACUCUUCAAGGACAAAUUAUUGACAUCUGGACUACCAGCAAGCCAGGAAGCUCCCAAAUGAAAAAUGUGAAUGGUUCUGUGACAGCUGAAUGCCCCCCACCAAAUAUUUCGGGUCCCCGAGACCUUGAAUCAACAGACCUGAGACAACAACUGUUGAAUGUGUUAGUGGUAAAACUUGACAGUGAGAAACAUGCCCAAGCUGAAGGCCAACCCACGGACAUGUCCCUUGCCUCAGAUGGUUUGAUGUCUAAGGCCUCACUGACUCAUGCUCAGGGUAUUUCCAGUGGGGACAUGGGACCUUUCCAGGUGCUACAUGUCCAUGUGGAGGACAGAGGCAACAGCAGGGAGCAUCAGCAAGAGCCUUGUGUCCCAGGCUCCAAAACUAAAGGGCACGGAGGAGGGGAUGCAGGGCUGGGAACGUCCCCAUCAAGAAAGAAGAGUUCCCCGGCAAAGGAGACCCUUGAGAGCAAGUCUUCGCAGACACUGUCCCAGAAGGUUCAGCCUGCCAAAAACCAUUUCUGCCAAAAAAUGAAAUACUUUUUUAAAUGGAUUUGUCCUUGCAAAGCAAAUCCUCAGGAUAAUAGCAGCCGCACAUCACCAGUGCAGAGCCGAGGUGUAGUUCAAAGGAGAGCUGCCUUUAGUGGAAUGACUGAAGCUCAGAAAAUCAUGACAGACCCUGGGAAGUUCUUAGAGAACAAAAUGAAGCAUCUGCAAGCAAUAGGUAGCACCCACCCUGAAAAGCCCCAUCGCCCCAAGUGA